GUCCCUUCUGUAUUACGCGUUGAACUUUCAACGCCUCUCUCUCUCUCUCUAAAAAUAUUCCUUGUCGAUCCCUUCUUCUACCCCGUGGCAUUGAUUCUCUGAUCCACAUCAACCACAGUGAGAGACCCUCAUAUCCCAAUCUGGGUUUCUCUCAAGAAAGGAAUCAGAGUACACUCCCAAAAGGGUCUCAUAUGAUACACCAUUUUGCGAUAUAGUAUUUGAUUUUAUAUGCAAUGUAUGUGUGUUUAUAUGUCGUUUUCAGUAAUUCUUUAAUGUGGGGUUGGUGUUUCUUGUGAGUUGUGACGGGUGUUUAAAGAGAGUGGUCUAACGAAGAGAAAAAGAUGUGCUUUUCUUUUGUGUAAUGGGUUUUGAGUGAUUUGUGUGCGUGUUGGUGAGGGAGAGAGAGGAAGAGAAGGGUGGGUCUCUCUCUUGAUUUUGAGGGGCUUCAGUUUGUAGUGUGUGUUGGGGUCUGAUGGAUACCAAAGGAAGACUUGUUGCCGGUUCGCACAACAGGAAUGAGUUUGUUCUUAUUAAUGCUGAUGAGAUUGGAAGAGUCACUUCUGUGGAAGAAUUGAGUGGGCAAAUUUGUCAGAUUUGUGGAGAUGAGAUAGAAAUUACUGUGAAUGGCGAGCCAUUUGUUGCCUGCAAUGAGUGUGCAUUCCCUAUUUGCAGACCUUGCUAUGAGUAUGAAAGGAGGGAAGGAAAUCAAGCUUGCCCUCAAUGCAAAACUAGAUACAAGCGCAUUAAAGGGAGUCCCAGAGUGGAAGGUGAUGAAGAAGAGGAUGAAUUUGAUGAUUUGGACAAUGAGUUCGAUUAUGCAAGCAAUGAGAGGAGAGAUCCUCAACACAUUGCAGAGGCUAUGCUCUCUGCUCGGCUUAAUGUUGGCCGUAGUGGUCAACCUAAUGCUUUUGGGAUCACCACACCAUCAGAGAUGGAUUCCUCUGCUCUUAACCCCGAAAUCCCUCUUCUUACCUAUGGUCAAGAGGAUGAUCAAAUUUCGGCCGACAAACAUGCUCUUAUUAUUCCUCCACUAUUGGGCCGUGGAAAGCGAGUCCAUCCGAUGCCUUUUACUGAUUCCUCCAUGUCUUUGCCACCCCGGCCAAUGGAUCCUAAGAAAGACCUAGCAGUAUAUGGGUAUGGUACUGUUGCGUGGAAAGAAAGAAUGGAGGACUGGAAGAAAAAGCAGAAUGAUAAACUUCAAGUGGUUAAGCACCAAGGAGAAAAUGAUGGUGGGAAAGAUGGAGAUGAGUUGGAAGAUCCUGAUUUGCCCAAGAUGGAUGAAGGCAGGCAGCCACUUUCAAGAAAGUUACCCGUUUCUUCUAGCAAGAUAAACCCAUACAGAUUAAUCAUUUUACUCCGCCUUGUGAUCCUUGGAUUAUUUUUUCACUAUAGAAUUCUCCACCCUGUCAAUGAUGCAUAUGGAUUGUGGCUGACAUCAAUUAUAUGUGAGAUAUGGUUUGCCGUAUCAUGGAUAUUCGAUCAGUUUCCAAAAUGGUUCCCAAUUGAGAGAGAAACAUACCUAGAUAGGCUAUCCCUGAGGUAUGAGAAAGAAGGAAAGCCUUCAGAGUUAGCUCCUAUAGACAUAUAUGUUAGUACUGUGGAUCCCAUGAAAGAACCUCCUCUUAUCACUGCAAACACGGUUCUGUCCAUCCUUGCUGUGGAUUAUCCAGUCGACAAGGUUGCUUGCUACGUCUCAGAUGAUGGUGCUGCCAUGCUCACUUUUGAGGCCCUCUCAGAGACAUCUGAGUUUGCAAGGAAAUGGGUCCCAUUCUGCAAGAAGUUCAACAUAGAACCGCGGGCCCCAGAGUGGUAUUUUGCUCAGAAGGUUGACUAUCUGAAAGACAAAGUACAUCCGACCUUUGUGAGGGAACGUCGUGCAAUAAAGAGGGAAUAUGAAGAGUUUAAAAUUCGAAUAAAUGGUUUGGUUGCCAUGGCACAGAAGGUUCCUGAGGAGGGCUGGACAAUGCAGGAUGGAACUCCAUGGCCCGGAAACAAUGUCAGGGAUCAUCCUGGAAUGAUCCAGGUGUUCCUGGGUCACAAUGGUGUCCGUGAUAUUGAAGGGAACGAGUUACCUCAACUCAUUUAUGUCUCUCGUGAGAAGAGGCCUGGGUUUGAGCACCACAAAAAAGCUGGAGCCAUGAAUGCUUUGGUGCGGGUGUCGGCAGUCAUCUCAAAUGCUCCUUACCUACUGAAUGUUGAUUGUGAUCAUUACAUAAACAACAGUAAGGCACUCCGGGAAGCUAUGUGCUUCAUGAUGGACCCCACCUCAGGGAAGAAAAUAUGUUAUGUGCAGUUUCCUCAAAGGUUUGAUGGGAUUGAUCGUCAUGAUAGAUACUCCAAUCGCAAUGUUGUAUUCUUUGAUAUUAAUAUGAAAGGACUGGACGGGAUCCAAGGACCUAUUUAUGUUGGAACUGGAUGUGUCUUCAGAAGGCAAGCACUUUAUGGAUAUGAUGCUCCCAUCAAGAAGAAACCCCCAGGCAAAACAUGUAAUUGUUUGCCAAAAUGGUGUUGCUGCAGUUGUGGAUCUAGAAAGAAGAACAAGAAAGGAAAAUCAAAGGGCAAAAAGAAGACAACAAAGAGCAGGGAGGCUUCAACUCAAAUACAUGCACUUGAAAAUAUUGAGGAAGGAAUUGAAGGAAUAGAUAGUGAAAAGACUUCUCUCAUGCCUCAGAUAAAAUUUGAGAAAAAAUUUGGACAAUCACCAGUUUUUGUUGCUUCAACAUUGUUAGAAGAAGGCGGAGUUCCUCCAGGAGCAACUUCUGCAUCACUCUUGAAAGAAGCCAUUCAUGUAAUUAGUUGUGGUUACGAAGAUAAAACAGAAUGGGGGAAAGAGGUUGGAUGGAUAUAUGGUUCUGUUACUGAGGAUAUAUUAACUGGCUUCAAGAUGCAUUGCCAUGGCUGGCGAUCAGUAUACUGCAUACCCCGAAGACCUGCAUUUAAGGGGUCAGCCCCCAUCAACCUUUCAGAUCGUCUGCACCAGGUUCUCCGGUGGGCCUUGGGAUCUGUUGAAAUUUUCUUGAGCAGACACUGUCCAAUCUGGUAUGGGUAUGGGUGUGGAUUGAAACCGCUGGAAAGAUUUUCGUAUAUAAAUUCGGUCGUCUAUCCAUUGACAUCCGUUCCCUUGGUCGCUUAUUGUACUUUGCCCGCUGUCUGUCUCCUUACCGGAAAGUUCAUUGUCCCUGAGAUUAGCAACUAUGCCAGCAUUGUGUUUAUGGCCCUCUUCAUAUCAAUUGCAGCAACUAGUGUCCUGGAGAUGCAGUGGGGAGGUGUUGGCAUAGAUGAUUGGUGGAGAAACGAGCAAUUCUGGGUGAUUGGUGGUGUCUCCUCACACCUGUUCGCUCUCUUUCAGGGUCUUCUUAAGGUUUUGGCAGGAGUCAGCACAAACUUCACCGUUACAUCCAAAGGAGGAGACGAUGGGGAGUUUUCCGAACUGUACCUCUUUAAGUGGACAUCUUUGUUGAUCCCUCCCAUGACUUUGUUGAUAAUAAACAUAAUUGGGGUCAUAGUUGGGGUUUCAGAUGCAAUCAAUAAUGGUUAUGAGUCAUGGGGCCCUCUGUUUGGCAAGCUGUUCUUUGCCUUGUGGGUCAUUGUCCAUCUGUACCCCUUCCUCAAAGGUUUGAUGGGGAAGCAGGACGGGGUUCCCACCAUUAUUGUGGUUUGGUCUAUUCUUCUGGCUUCAAUCUUCUCCCUUUUAUGGGUGCGAAUCAACCCAUUCCUGUCAAGGGAUGGUAUUGUACUAGAAGUUUGUGGGCUGGAUUGUAACUAAGGUGCACAAGAUAAAAGUUUAGAUGGUUUGAGGUAUUGUAGAAAUGAAGAGUGGGAAUUACAAAAAAGGUGCGUCUCGGGUUGAAGAUGAAGGCAUUCCGUGACACAGUUGGAUCUCUGAUGAGAAUCAUCAGCAGUAUAAAAAUGGUCGAAGAAAAUCUGUGGUGGGCUGUGUAGAUAUAAAAAAAAAAAGGCUGGGACCCGACACAAAUGAUAUUUGUUUCGAAAAAUUUUCAUUGAUUCUUUUGAUAUAUUUGUGGUUUGUUAUCUGCUAGGGGUGGAAGUCUGAGAACCUGUCUGUAAUCUGAAGAAACAUAAAGUUUUCCCAUAAUUUAUAGGCCCUUUCCAAUAAGGUACUCGAUGCAGGGAUGUUCUUGAAGUUUUUCUUGUUAAGUUUUGGGCAAAUCUUUCAUUGGUCCUUUAUUCAGAAGUGAAGUUUUAUUUACCAUGUCUAAGUUAUACGAUUUUGAUAAAAAUGCACCUAUUUUUAGGACGAAAAAUGACUACUGUAACGUCCAAGUUUUUCAGAGUUAAAGUCCCUG